AUGGCUCCUCCGAACACCACCAAACCCGACUCCUAUAUCGUCGCGCGGCUGCUGCGAUACCUCUCCAUCGCGACUUUACCGGUUGGCGUCGCGCUACUCCUUGCUCAUGGCGUCACGGCUGGCCGCGCCGUACCAGCCCUAGGUCUAAUACCCAUGGCCGGUUCGGCUGUGGUGGCGAUCGUGAGCCUGCGCCGUCAGAAGACCCUGGCUGUCUGGUCGCCGGUGCACCGCAUCGCUGCGCAAACGAUUCUCCUCGCCGACUUCAUCCUGGCGCUCUCCUACUUGGCUGUGUUGAUCCCUAGCUGGAUAACACUGUCGCGACGUCACUGGCGUGACCCGACCAACAAUUCCCUCGUUAUUCUAGGAACAUACGGCACCGUGGUGCUCCUGUUCAAUUGGAUCAUCCACACGUUCUUCACUUUCGCAUUCCUCUUGCAUCACUUGGUCAUCAGCGUGCAGCGAUGGGGUCAAAAGCAUGGCGGUGGGUUUACCGCCGUUUGGGCCGGGCCGAUGGAACAAGCCGAAGAAUACGCCCCCUUCACGGACGCGGGAGCCAGGACCUCCAUGGAAACGAGGGCCGACCUGGGCAUUGGACCUGACAGGCCCUCCGAAGAUGCCUAG